AUGAGCGAACACAGGAUUGGAGACCGUUUGAGCUUCAACGGGGAUCUAUCCACAGUUCGAUACGUCGGCCAAGUCGACGGUACAAAAGGCGAAUGGCUGGGCGUCGAAUGGGAUGAUCCUACUCGAGGGAAACAUGGCGGUGCCCACGACGGACGCUCAUAUUUCCAAUGCAUAAUCGAUGGUGCUGGAAGCUUCAUCCGACCAAACAAGAAAGCCGAUUCAGAACGAACCUUCGUCGAUGCCCUCCUGGAACGAUACGCCCCUUUGAACGACCCAAGCUCCAACGACAAUGAUGUAGAAGAAAUCCGGGCCUCAUGGAUCUCGGGCAAGCCCAUCGUUACAGUUGGAUUCGCAAAGAUGUCACAGCGUUUUGCCCAACUGGAUAAGCUCCGUGUAAUCACACUCACGCACUCCCAAAUAUCAACCACUGGCCCUCUAGAGAGACUCGCCGAGGUUUGCCCAGGGGGGUUUGCGGUUGAAGAAUUGGAUCUGAGUUGGAAUGUCUUGUCGGAUCUGUGCGAGGUUGGAAGGAUCUGUGCGGCGUUUCCGGGACUCAAGACGUUGAGGCUGAACUCGAAUCGGUUUCAUAUAACAGGAGAGGUAAAGGUGCCGCAGGGCGCAUUCCUAAAGCUGGAAUUGUUGACGCUGAACGUGACAUAUUUGACAUGGGAUGAGGUCGUGCGAAUUACCAUGCAUUUUCCGGCGUUGAGGGAGUUGCAGCUUGGGUAUAACGCCAUUCAAACCAUAACCGCCACCGGAGACAAACUACCUGAACAACACGGUUUACAAUCGCUGCAGGUACUUAAUCUGGAAGGGAACGGUGUGGAGCGAAUCGAAGACAUAGCAUGGCUAUCCACCCUGCCAAACCUUCACUCACUCAUCCUAUCCCGAAACAAACUCACAACCCUCACCAACUCCACAACAAAAAACAUCCUACCAACCUUCAAACACCUCACUGCCCUCGACCUCUCCCGAAACCAAAUAUCCUCCUGGUCUGACAUCGACGCCCUCAACGCCCUUCCCACACUAUCCUCCCUCCGUGUCGCGCAUAACCCUCUUUACACCCCAACCCGUGACAGGGAAGAUGUGGGACGGAUGGAACUCAUCGCGCGGUUACCCAAUGUGUGGGAGGUGAAUGGAACGGAUGUGAAGGGGCAGGAGAGGGUUCAGGCUGAGUUGUGGUAUCUUGCGAGGGCGGGGAGGGAGGGUGGUGAGUGGACGAGGUUGGGGGAGUUGAGAGCGAAAUACGGUGCUUCGGUGCCGGAUUCGAAUGCCACGGUGAAGAACACGGGAAGAAAAGUGGGGAGUGCGAGUGGUGCGUUAGCAAGUCGUGUACCAAACACGAAACUGGUGUUCUAUCCCUCACCGCCGCCAUUCAAUUCUUCACCGACAAGGACAUUGGAGAAGAGACUGGUGCCGGGGACGACAGUUGGCGCAUUUCGGAGUUUGUGUGGGAAGCUGUUUAGAAUACCACCGACAAAAGCGGCUGUGGGAUGGAGAAAUUGCAGUACAGAAGAGGAAGGCGAGGCGGAGGUCGAGGUUAUGGAUGAUGAUCUAAGGAGAGUUGAAUAUUAUUCUGAUGUGAGUAUUGAGGGUGAGGUUGUAGUUUGGGCGAGGAAUUGAUAUCGAUCUUUCAUAUAUGGUGUAGCGGAUUGCGGAGAAUGAAAUGCUCAAAAGUGAGGUUCCGGG